UUUCGUUGCGUACGCUUGACUUUGGGACAGCAGUAAUACCAGCCAUGUUGGCAAUGCUCAUGAUGCAGCUUUCAGCAUGAUCGUGUUUCCCUCACCGCGAUGUUCCUGGCUCAGUGGCCUCCUCGCGGCGGCUGCUGCCUCUGGCUGGAGCUGUAUGCCUGGUUGGCUGGCUCCGUUACCUUCUAGCUGGUUGCGUUUCCGUUCGGUGCGUACGAAUCGUGGCCCCGUGGGCUGGCAACAACUGGUGGACAGCCAAGCGUUUUGCUGUGCGCUUCGGUGGGGCCCUUGCCCCCUGCAUUAUUACUUUUAUUGUUGGCUCAACUUGCUUCCUUGAACUCACUGCGUUCGCGAUGCGACUCCCGGGCCGCGACACCGAACUGACUUUCCGCUGGUUGUCACUGAGCGAAAACAACCGCCAUUUGCGCAGUCGGACUGACGCGGUUGCUUCGCCACCGACGAAGACACUGCGGUGCUUCCUGGUGUUCGCUACCGCUGCUGUUGUUCUCGGAAUCCAACUCGACAUCGCCAAGGCCCAAAGCGGAUCAGAACAGCACCAGGGUCUCUAUAUCGGGCGAAUCAAUACAUAUUCACAUCAGGUCUCCGGCAGUGUAUAUGCUGUCGACGAGUACACGCUGUUGAUACGAAACUUCUUCUACGAUGGCCUUGGUCAGGAUGCGUUUUUCUGGGCGGGAUCUUCGAUUCGCCCAAGUAACGUCGGGUUCAUCGUUCCCGACGAAGAAGGAAAAACAAACGUCCUGGAACCAUACACGGAUAAAGAUAUCUACAUUCGGUUGCCCGAUAAGCGUAAGAUAACGUCAAUCAAAUGGUUGGCCAUUUGGAAUCUACGGGAUAACGAGAAUUAUGGAGAUAUCUUUCUGCCGGAAGGUUUCGAACCACCGGCUCCGCGCAAGUUGUCCGAAUUGACCCGGCAAGGAGCUGGUGUACGUUCUAGUACCGUUAUCGUAAUGGAUACGAAGACACUGUUUAUACCACGCUUUCAUUUCAACGGAGAGAAUAAUGACACCUAUUUUUGGGUAGGCCAGGGCGCUCAACCAAGCAGCGCAGGAUUCAAAAUACCUGAUGAACAAGGAUAUCUUAAUCCGAUCCGGGCAUAUCGUGGCGAGAGCGUAACGCUUGUUCUUCCUGGAAAAACAACCGUAUUCGACAUCGAUUGGUUUUCAAUCUGGAAUGCAAAUCUCUCCAUUAAUUAUGGUUCUGUGCAGAUCCCCCACGGAGAUGACAUACCCCCUAGCACACUUCAGACAUACAAACACGAGUCUAGACUACAAAACUGUGAGCAGUUACACGCUAAGUUGCAGCUUCGGUGGGAAAUACAGGGCAGUUCAAUUACAUUCGAGCUAACUGGACCCAUUGCUGACGAUGAUUAUUUCGCUUUGGGUCCCUCCGGAGACGAUAACUCAACACACACUCAAAUGCUAAACGCGGAUGUUGCAGUGGCUUUUGUAGAUGGGCCUUAUGGACAGGUAAUUGACUACAAAAUUGGAGGGUUAUUUCCGUGUUCGAAAGUGCUGAGUAGUCGUCAGGGUGUAUGCCCCGACACAUCUCUCGGAGGCGUCAACUCAUACCAGAUUCUCACAUUUAGCAAAAAUGACGGUCUGACAACAAUUAUUUAUCGCAGAGGCAUCCUGCCACUCGAUGAUGCCAGCGACCGCGUCUAUGAUAUAUCUCGACCAAUGCCCAUUGUAUGGGCCAUUGGUCGGUUGAACCAUAAAAAGGAACCAUUAUUCCAUCAUCUGUAUCCGCGAGGCGAUGUCUUCGUCCAUUUCGGAUCGAAAACGAAGGUGGACUCAUGUACCGACUUUAUAAAAGGUUGGCCACUAGGCCAACAGCGCGGAUCUGAUGCACAAUCAAUUCAGUCAUGGGGACCAUUCAAAAUUGUGGGGAACACCGUUACCCAAUUCAUCGCGAGAAUUGGACCUUCGGGAGGUACAAAGGGAUAUUCUGGAAUCACAGGCCUUCCGUCACCUGGAGUAUCAUGGUACAUAAAUGGCCUGCUUGCUCCAGCCCUUUACCUAAAGCGAGGUCGAACUUACACCUUCAAGGUUGAGGGAGGUGAUAAUCCCCAUAAUGGGCGCUACUAUCAUCCGUUCUAUAUAACCGAUUCGCAGUAUGGCGGUUUUGCUCAGCUAUCGAGCGUUGAACAAAAAGAUGCUAAGAUAUACGCUGGGGUCACAUUCAACCGACAGGGCAAACCACAGGCUAAUACCGUGGGCCGUUUGUGUGCUUGGCUAUACAAUAGUACUGAACCUCGUCAAACGGACAGUUUCCCGACGUUCCCUAAAUUUCGCGCUCAACUCAAACUAGAUUGCGACGAUCGCGCUACCGCCACCCUUCAGUGGACUCCCAACGCAUCAACACCCGAUAUGGUGUACUAUCAGAGCUAUAGCACUGGCAAUAUGGGCUGGAAAAUCUUUCUUCUUGAUGAAUUUUCGGCAGGUUCCUAGUGAAGUAGGCGGAUGUUAAAGCGAAGUGUGUCGAAGAUGUUUGUGGCCAUCGCUUCUGCGUCUAUUUGGCACUUCUCCAAUGUUGCUAGAUGCUGUCAACAAUGCGUGCCCUACACAAACUGUUCAAACUGCCAUUGUAUAUAGCGAAAAGAAAUAAAUUAUGUUCGUUAAA